CUGGUAAAGAAGGAUUCCGACAGCUGAAGAGAUUGAUUUUGCCUUUCCCACAGAUGUACUUGCCUUGGAGUAGCGCCUGGGGGAGUGCAACUGCAUGGAAAAGCAGCACGUCAGAGCAGAAAUGUCAUGCAGCCCAAUGACUGCAGAAGAUCGCGGCUCGGAGCUCGCCCGGGGGUAUAAAGCUGGCUGAAGGAGCAAAAGUAGAGGCGAGCUGAGCAGGAGAAGCAGGCUGUGGAAGACAGGAGCAUCCACCUGCUCCAGCUGCUCGUGUGCCGUGUUUGCAGCCUCCGAGCGCUCGGGCUGAGCGAGGGGAGAGCGGCUCUGCCCUCUUGCAAAUGAGCUGUUUCCGAAGCUGUUUCUGAAUUGGAGGAGCAGAGCGACGUUUCAGAGAUGUUGUCCUGCUUCGUCUGGCUCACCCUUCCCAGCGUGGUUAACGCCUUUGUGAUCCCAGGGAAGUUGCCCCUCAGUGGGAGCCUAGAGAAGACUUUUGUAAUCCGGAACAUCUCGGGUUUCUUUUCCUGGGAUAGUGACAGCCUGGCCAACUGGCAGAGCUUUGUGGACAGGAGCCGGUACGGAGCAGAGUCACAGAGCAUCACGCUGGAAGCCCUGCUCAUUGUGGCGUACUUGCUCAUCAUUUCCCUCUUUGGCAACAUCCUGGUCUGUCACGUUGUCACCAAGACGAAGCAUAUGCACUCUGCCACCAGCUUGUUCAUUGUCAACCUGGCUGAAGCCGAUAUCAUGAUCACCCUCCUCAACACACCUUUAACAUUGGUUAUAAUGCACCCACUGAAACCUCACAUAUCUACUGGAAAAGGUGUUAUCUACAUCUCUGUAAUCUGGAUCAUGGCAGCUUGUUUUUCCUUACCACAUGCUAUCUACCAAAAGCUCUUUACCUUUGAAUAUGGUGAGGAAGUUACCCAGUGCCUGCGCCUGCCAGAUUUCCCUGAGCCUGCUGACCUCUUUUGGAAGUACCUUGACUUAACAGCCUUCAUUUUUGUCUAUGUCCUGCCCCUUCUGAUCAUCUCUGCUGCCUACAUGACAGUGGCAAAGAAACUCUGGCUGCGCAAUGUCUUCGGGGAUGUCACCACUAAACAAUAUUUUGUCCUCUGCAAAAAGAAUAAGAAGACCAUCAAGAUGCUGAUGCUUGUUGUCAUCGUCUUUGCAGUUUGCUGGUUUCCCUUGAAUUGCUAUGUCGUCCUCCUCUCCAGCCAGACCAUCCACACCAACAAUGCCCUGUACUUUGUCUUCCACUGGUUUGCAAUGAGCAGCACCUGCUACAACCCCUUCACCUACUGCUGGCUCAAUGACAGCUUCCAAUCAGAACUGAAGGCUUUGCUCAGCAUGUGCAGAAAACCUCCCAGGCCCACAGAACAGAGGCUUCCCUCCACAGUCCCAUCCUACCAACUGGCUUGGCCAGAAAGUGGCAAGUUCAAGAGGUUGCAGGUCUCCCAUACUUCCAACAUCCAGUCAGGAAAGACAGACAUCUCUGCAGUGGAGCCAAUAGUAGCAGCGAGUUAAACAGUGGCCCUGGGAAAUCUGUAAGGGCUGCACAUAGAUUUGGCAAGAGCUAAAAUUGUGGGAAGAUGUGGAGCCCUGUCCUACUUAGGGACUGUGCAACCACAUGUGAUAAAACCAAGAAGGAGGUUAAGGUUCUGCAGGAGGCAGCAUGAAAGAGCUGCAUGUUUGAUGCAGGCUGAUGACAAAAGUGUGGAGCCCCUAAAUGGGAGAAAGCAAACUCUUCCCAGAAAGGAACUCUCUUUUGUCAAGGUGACUUUGGACUGGCUUGCAGUAUGGGACUGUCUGCAUGUAUGUCACUGUUAUCUGCAUGACUAAGCCUUUUUACCACCAGGAUUGUGUGUGUGUUUUCCUGUUACUUAAACA